UCCAGUUUCAAAGAUCUGAAACUGCUAGAUCCCGGGAUGGCGAAGAGCAUGGAAACAUUGCUAGAGGCGAGUGACGAUGAGCUCUCCGACUACAGAUUUACAGUGGAUGGACCGGUGAACGAACCGGAGAUCGAACUCAAACCAGGAGGCAAAGACGAGGUCGUGACCACUGCAAAUGUUGGAGAGUACAUUGAGCUUUGCGCCAGGCAUUACACACCAUCCACCCAGUUUGAUAUAUUCAGUAAGAGUUUUCGGAGCAUGUUCCAUGGUUUCGGUCUUCACCAACGUUUCGCACCGCAGGAGCUGAUGUCAUUAUUCCAAGGAGGGGAAUAUGAUUGGAAGGCCUUUCAAGAAAGCUUUGGUUAUGAUGAGAAAGGCUACACAGCAAACCAUCGCGUGGUCAAGAUGUUUUGGUCAGUGUUCCAUGGUGAUCUCACUGAGGAUGACAAAAGAGACUUUCUGAGAGUCUUGACGGGUGCUGACCAUGUCUCGAUUGGUGGAAUCCAGGAGGUUAGACCUAGGAUGUGGCCCAUGGGAGGAGACAAAGAUUGUAGGGGGAAACCCCCGAAGGACAUGUGCCCGGAAGUGAAUACAUGUCAUGGUUUCAUCGUGCUCCAUCUCCCGAUGUACAGGAAAAGAGAGCAUCUCAAAGAACGACUCAUGAAGCUAAUAGAGAUGAAAGGGCAUGGAUUUCAUAAAAUACCAGAAUAAACCUUGGACUGCCAUAGACAAUUUAACAGUCUCAUAUACGGACAUUGACAUAAUAUAAAUCUAAUUUCUUAAUCAAAGAAAAGUAUUCAAACCUGGUUGAUGAAUUGUAAUGUUGGGUAAAUUGCAAUAUAAUUUGUAUUAUGAUGAAUAAAUAAAUUGUAUAAAAUCGUAUCUGUUAUAUACGGUGGCACUGAAUUCGGUCACAACGACAAACCGAUCUAUUUUGGGCCAUUGGGAAUAAUUUUGAUUGGUCUGUAGUUGGUUAGGUAUUGGUUUCGUUGGUGUGACUUAGCUUCGACAACAUACGAUAUAAAGAAAAAAUGGAAUAUAUCAAAAAGCCUGUCAUCUUCUGCAUCAUACAUAAAGAACAUGAUCAACCACUAUAACAGUUGUAGUUCUGUACAUAAUUAGAUUUCUAUUAUUUAGUACAUUCAGUCAAUUUUUGUUUUCAAAAUGGUGUAUUUUGUGUAGUUUUAUGCAUUUUGAAUCAUGACAUUCAAAUGACUAUCCAUUCAAGUAGUCUGAGGUUGAGGAUAUGGUAGUUAUUCAGAGAUUGAAUUUUGUUGUUAGUUUCCUCAUUCAUUAAUGAGUGCGCUUCGCUUUAAAAACGUACACAUUUAACGAAGGCAACAAAAAGGCGACUAUGAGGAUGAUGAGGAUAAGAACAAGAUAAAGACAAAGUUAGACACGUUUUGGUUGCCCUUACAAGAUGCUUAUUCACUUGGGAAUAGUUAUAUUUCUAGUACUUUGGCACAGCUAGCAGAGCACACUGACAUAAUACAUGUAGUUGAAUACAAUCAGCUAGUUAAUGAAAUUGAGGUUAGCAACAAGUAAAAGUUAACCAGAAAACAGACUACAGAAAUUACUGCAUU